AUAAGUUUGAUUUCUUCCAUCUAAAUCUAAAUAUACAUCUUCAUCUUCCAGAUUAGUACUUCCAUUUUUUUAUUGAACAAAAUCAUACAGAUCAUAAGAAAGUUUCCUGUAGUUGUUCCCAAAGCAACCUCUUCUUGCAACCUCCCAAUCCACGUUUAUCUUCCUUAAUUCCCAUAUAAAAAGUGUAAUAAUAACAGUAUAUCCGCAUCAUAAGAAAGAAUCCCAGUCCACACGUCACCGUUUCAACGAUACUACGAAGCACUCUAAAAAUCCACAAACAAUCAAACAAUGGCGUGUUUGGUUAGGGAAUUAAAUUACUUUCUCCAAUUCUAGCAAAACCCCAGAAUAUGAAAGAAUAGUAGUAGAAGAAGAUUUUAUAGUUCUAUUCAUCUUUUUCUCCUUCACUUCUCCUCUGCAACAACAACCAUGGCAAACACACCCUACACUCUAAUGAUUUUCUCUCUCCUCCUUCUUUCAGUUCCCAUGGUUGUUCCUCUAAAAACCCCUUUUCGUGCAACAGACAUUCUUCCUCUUCUUCCUAAAGAACUUUCAUGGCCGAUUCUUAAAAGUUUGAAUAGAGCCGUUGACCUUCUUCCUACUUUUGUGGGGGCAGCUUCUUCUUCUCCUAAUAAUAGCUUGGAUUGGAAAGGUGCUUGCUUUUAUGAGAAUACUGCUUGGCUUGAAUUUCAUAAUAAAACUGGGUCAGAAUUUGGUGGGGGUACUCUUCAUAUUAAGGUUAGUGCAGCUCAUAGCUGGACCUGUAUGGACAUUUAUGUCUUUGCAACUCCGUAUCGUGUGACAUGGGACUAUUACAUACUAUCUCGGGAACAUACUUUGGAGUUCAAAGAGUGGGAAGGAAAAACGGAAUAUGAAUAUGUAAAAGAACAUGGGGUUUCAAUUUUUCUCAUGCAAGCCGGAAUGUUGGGGACUUUGCAAGCAUUAUGGGAGGUCUUUCCUCUAUUUACUAAUACUGGUUGGGGCGAGAACUCCAACGUUGCAUUCCUUAAGAAGCAUAUGGGGGCUUCUUUUGAGGAACGCCCUCAGCCUUGGGUUACCAACAUGACCACUGAUGAGAUACACUCUGGAGACUUCCUUGCUAUUUCAAAAAUUCGUGGCCGGUGGGGUGGAUUUGAGACCUUGGAGAAAUGGGUCACUGGAUCCUAUGCUGGUCACAGUGCUAUGUGCUUGAGGGAUUCGAAUGGCAAGCUGUGGAUUGCAGAGUCUGGACAUGAAAAUGACCAGGGAGAGGAUGUUGUAGCUCUGCUUCCAUGGGAUGAGUGGUGGGAAUUUGAGUUGACUAAAGAUGACUCCAAUCCCCAUAUUGCAUUGCUUCCCUUGCACCCUGAUUUGCGUGCCAAGUUUAAUGAAACUGCUGCCUGGGAGUAUGCAAGAAGCAUGGAUGGUCAGCCAUAUGGUUAUCAUAACCUUAUUUUCAGCUGGGUAGACACUAUUAAUAUGAACUAUCCUCCUCCACUGGAUGCGCAUCUGGUGGCUUCUGUAAUGACAAUAUGGUAUCACAUGCAGCCUGAAUAUGCAGCAAACUUAUGGAAAGAAGCAUUGAAUAAACGGCUGGGAACUGAGGAUCUUGAACUUCCAGAAAUUCUUGUAGAAGUCGAAAAACGUGGAUCAUCCUUUGAUGAGUUGCUUACUAUUCCUGAGCAAGAUGAUUGGAUUUAUGAAGAUGGAAAAUCAGUCUCAUGUGUUGCUUAUGUUCUUCAAAUAUACAAGGCAGCUGGACUUUUUGGGUCACUUUCUAGUUCCAUUCAAGCAAAUGAGUUCACUAUAAAGGAUGCCUAUUCAUUGAAGUUCUUCGAAAAUGAUCUAAGUCGCCUGCCAAGUUGGUGUAAUGAUGGUGAUAAUGUGAAGCUUCCUUUUUGUCAAAUCCGAGGAAGGUACAGAAUGGAACUACCUGGUUACAAUACCAUUGAUCCGUACGCACAUAUGAACGAAAGGUGUCCAUCUCUUCCACCAAAAUACUACAGGCCAAAAACCUGUUGACAUUGCGUCACACUAGCAGUAGCAGGUUUUAGCAAAAUAGCAGGAUUUGUAUAAUCUGAUGUUGAAUUCUGUAUAUAAUUUUCGCGUAUAACAGCUUCAUGUAUGUAGGUUGAUCGUUGAUGUAAAUAUUGUUAAGUUGGUAACAUCAUCUUCUGUUCUUUGUACACGUGAUUAAUCUAAUAUGCAACCUCUGCUGUAGCUUCA